AUGCAGCCUGCGCCCCCAGGGCCUACCCCGUUCCCGCGUGUCCGGCGCCUUUGCCGCGGCGGGCACCGAGAGCUUAACGCGUGGUGUGCUGCCUCGAUCAGCCAGAUGGCAAGUGAUGUCCAGAAACGGAUAGUCCAAAUAAGUGGAUUUAAAAAGCAAGAGAAAGUGGCACUGCUCAAAUUGCUGUUCAAACUGGACUGUGACUUUAUAGAUAGCAAGAAAUACCGAAAUUGUACACAUCUUGUAGCAAAAAAGCUGUGCAACAGUGAAAAAGUCUUAGCUGCCUGUGCUGCUGGAAAGUGGGUACUAACUGAGGAGUUCAUAAUUAACAGUGCUGAAAGUGGCAGAUGGCUUGAUGAAACAAUGUACGAAUGGGGAUACAAAAUUGAAGAAGAUACUUGUUAUUCACCUCAAAUGCAAUCCGCACCUAAAAGAUGGCGCGAAGAACUGAAACGUUCUAAUGCUCCAGGGGCCUUCCACAAAUGGAAAGUUAUCCUUCCUGUUAAGGAAGGUGAUAAACUAAUGGCAUCUAUUAGAAGAGUUCUUGAAGCUGGAAAGGCAACCAUAUGUUCAUCUCAAAAUGCAGAGCACAGUAUAACUCAUAUAUUCAUCAGUAGUAAAAUUUGUCCUCUGCAAAGAAGAAAAUGUCUCUCUGAAGCUCGAUACUACCCUUUACAGUAUCUAGGAUAUUACCUUUUUGAGUAUAAAAUGCAGAACACUGCAGAUAGCCAAAUGAACCAUUUCCUGGCUGCACAAGGAACAGAUGAAGUCAUGUCUAAAAUGCAGCUUGCUGAAAUAAAAAAUGCUGUUAUAAAGCAUAUGUAUUUUGCUGUGACUGCUAAGCACAGCUUUGCUCGAACAGACCACCUGAACAAAUGCAAUCCAAAGGUUAAGACGACUGACCUGUCCAGAGGCAGGUGGAAUGUGCUUCAAGGAUUAGUGGAAGAGCAAUUUUUUCUUGAUGUGAUUACAGAACUUGCUGCAUGUCAAAACUACCGUAUGCCUCCUGUGCAAAUUCUUCAAUCUCUUCUAGAAUAUGUCCUAUUGGGAAAUACUGAUGCAAUAUUAUUUGCCAAACUUUGCCAUGUUUUGUACCUUGUUCUCCAAUGUGAUCCUCCCUGGAAGUCCUUGUCUAUGUUAAAUUAUUAUUUGGAUCUUCUUCAGUGUCCUGUCUGUAAGAAAGGUACAUGGUCCUUGAUAGAGAUGCUUGUAAGAUCUUGUCUUUAUUGCGAAACCAUUUGCCACACAGUCCCAGAUUCACAGAAGGAAGAUGAACAGAGGAGAGUUCACAAAGCAUUAUUGAAGUUUUUCUUUGAUUUAGUAAAAGCCGAAGUAGAGUUUCUGAAAAAUAGUUUGGUUGAAGGGACCAGUUCACAGUACCUGCAAGUCAUGCCACAAACAGUUCUUCUGAAGACAUUUUGGCUGGGAAGCGGAACCUCAGUACUUUUUACCAAGCGCAUAAUUACUCUAGCAGAUUGGGUCAUAUUUUCCCAUAAAGAAUUGAACAGAAAAAAUGAUUUGACCUGGCAAAGCAUUGAAUGGAACAGCAGUGUAGGAAUGGACAAUGUAAGAAAAGCCUGCGUACAGUGUGAGCAGGUGAAUGAUUUGCUGUGCUUGGUGGCAGAACUCAAGGAAGAAGUAGAGAAGUUAAGAAGCAUUAUGGACAGUGAAAAGGAAGUAGACUGGUGGAGUUGCACCCUUUUGAGCCCAAAAGAAAUUCAGCAGCAGACAGUGAAGCCCUGCCCCUCCUGCCAUCAGGCAGAGGGGGGGAAUGGAAGCAAGUCCCUGAUGGAAGAG